UCACUGUCUUCUUUUUGACUUGGACUUUCUCUCCCACACCAACUCUCUCACGCAAUAAUCUUUUCUUCACUUCUGCAACAAUAAUACAACAAAUCAUACAUAUCCUCCCUUCAACAUCGUCAUCCUCCUUCUCGCUCUUCAACUCGUAACUCACAUCUCUUUCCUAACCUGCGCACCCCCACCUCGCCCAUAGGCGUAAUGCGCCACCACCAUCACUUCCACUGGUUGAAAGCCUUCACCACCUUCUAUUUUCUCUUCUUCUAUUCCGCUGCAGCCGUAACAACUCUCAUCCCACAACCCAGUGGUGGGACUGUGAAUCACCUCAACCGGGAAGAGAAACAAAAUGGGUCACCGGCGGUGACGGAGGAGAGACUUGUGGCUGGGGGAAAGAGAUUCGGCGGGCCGGGGUCGUCGCCGCCGUCGUGCAGAUCCAAGUGCGGUUGGUGCAGUCCUUGCAUACCGGUUCACGUUCCAGUCCAACCCGGUUUAAUAAUUCGCCUCGAGUACUACCCAGAAGCAUGGCGUUGCAAGUGUGGGAACAAGCUUUUUAUGCCAUGACGUUAAUAAAUUAGCAUAUAUAGUUAUGGAUUAUAAAAAUCGUAGUACAAAAGAUGAACACAAACGUUGGCAGAAGCGAGCAGGAGAACAUUGCAGACACUAGCAGCAGCCGUCUUAAAUUUUCCCUUUGGGGUAUUUGUUUAUUUUUAUCUCAGUGUUAGUGCCUUUCAUGCACUGAUUAAUGCUGCUGAGGUUGGGUUGUUUAAGAGUACUAUGUUUAUAGUAUUAUUGAUGUUUAUAGUAUUGAAUUUUGGAUUAACCUUUUGAGGGAAGGAGGGAGGGACAGUCAGGAAGGGAGUGUUGGGAAUGUAAGAUGUUCAGGUGUGAUUACCGAGACGAAUAUCUUAAACCUUUCUCUGCUUUUAACACACUACACACUUCUACUUCUCUCUAUCUAUUGUUUCCCUUCUCCAUGCAUCACCCCACAAUCCUCUAUAUAUUAUUACAAGUCAAUGAAGGUUGUAAGCUGUAAUUAUGACGAGUAGUUUCUCUUCAGAUAACCAUCGUACGGAUACAUAGCGGAGGACGGAGCUAACAUGUAUUUGAAUGAUGCUGGAUGGCUACCAGGGUUAACUUGCUCAACUUUUGUUUGUAUUUGUAGGGGUUGAACCUUACUGUUUUAAGGCAUUUAGGUUUUUGAGGUUGCAUUCUUAAUUUUUCAUUGUUUGGAUUUUGUACUUUUGAGGAUUUGUUAUCACGCGACCUGUCUCAUCGCUCUCAGUGAUUGCUUCGCCGAGAGUGUUUAAUUUGAACUAUGUGAGAGUUGUUUAUAUGCGCACGCGCCGGUUCCCCCUUCUCCCCCCUUUCGUUUUCCAUUAAAUGUGCACAUGCCAACAAGUGGUGUUUUCACCUCUGCAGAAAGCAACGUUUGACACAGCAACAAGUUCGGAGUGAUAUACUUACCAUUAUAUGGGGAGAAUGGACGACGAAGUAACAAAAGAAAUACAGGUCAUAUGGGGAUGCAUUUGUUUCUUUCAUUAGUGUCUGAUAAUGGACGAGAGUUAUUGUUUUUUGACCGUACA